GCUCUGAAAAAUGUUGAAGGUGGGAACACUGUUGUUGUUGAAUUAGAUGAAGAUGCAGAUGAAUGGGCACGAAGGAUUAAAGAGGUGUCUGAAGAAGGCGCUGAAGUAAGAGAAGCUAAAGCCAGACGGCUUAGAGAUAACUACGGAAAGGUGUACUCAUGGAGAGCAGAAUGUGAGAGAUUCAAAGGAAUGAUUGAGAAAGUGGCGAAAAAUGCAAAUGCAGUUGAUGAGUUGGAUAUUACUAUUGAUGUGAAAGACCAAAAACCUGCUGAAUCCAAUAAUCAGACAACAACUUCCAUCAUGGAGUCUGAAAAAUACCAAAUGGAUGAGCUCCAAAAGUCAUCUGCUGCACCAGAAAUGCAGGGAAGUGUGUCUCCUCCAGAAUCUCUCCAAGCACUUAGAGAGAAAUUCUUUUUAUUAGCUGGGAAGAACUAUCUUGAGACUACACCACCACAGAGCAAGGAAGAGCGUGACGAGUUCAUGGACUUCAUGCAAGACCUGAGAGUUCUCAUAAAGUGUGCUAGAGAAGGAAGUCUGGUGAUAACAGUGAAGUGUAAAUCUCUCCAGAUCUUGGAGGAAUUGUGGAGAGAAUAUUUAUCUGGUCACUUGGGUGAAGUGGUUCAAAAUUGCUUCAUCACGGAAACGAUCUUGAAGGAACUGAACCUGGCAGAGCUGAAGCUGAAAACAACAAUGGACGUAGAAGAGUACAAUGCAUGCAAACUGUACUUUGAGAGAGUUGCACUCAGAGGUGCUUUGUCAGCUCAGUCAUACUCCACAGGUACUGAAGAUGAAGCACAGAUACAAAGAUGGAAACAGAACAAAGAGGUUAAUGUGGAGUCAGAGAAAGUGAAAAGUAGUUCACCCAUUUUUGAAAUGUCCACCACUGGUCACAAUAAAGAAGGAGAAGAACCACUAGAAACUAUGAAAGAUCAGAAACUAAAUAUCAAGGUUGACGUGGAACAUGUGAAACUUGCAGAUCAUGACACCUGCAGCACAGCUUCAGUUUCCACAAUGGAGCCAGCAGAAUGUCAGAAGGUAUCCAUAGCAUCAGGUGCACGCAGAAAAAGACCAUCUGAUACAGAUUUAGAAGAUGUCCAACCGCUUGAAAAGAAAGUCCUGUGUUUAAUUGCUAUGAAUUACCUUCAUACUACACCAUGUUGUGAUGGACUGAGGCUAGGUUGCCAUGGUGACUUUUUGGCUUUUGAGGAAGCCAGAGGAAGCCAGAGGAAGCCUUUCUUCUACAGCACCCAGCAUCCAAUUAUGAUGAUGUGGUGUUAUAAGAAAUUAAAACAUUAG